CGAAGUGACGGGAAGUGGUGAAUUUGAAAGUGUUGCAUGGUAAACAGAGUAAGGGUGUUUUUCAUUCCUCGGUUAACGUAUCAUUCAAGGCUUAUUAUUUUAACAGAUAUAAAACCGUUUCUGCAAACAGAAAUGGAGGAGGACGACGAGCACACAGACAGAAAGCUGCAGAUUGCUAUGCUGUGCCAAAGGUUACAAAAAAUCAAAAGGAACAUCAAUGAUGAUGACACAGACAAUAUCAACAAAAUCAUUAGUUCAAACUCUCCUGUAUCUUGCCUUACCUAUCUAACAAACCUGGAGAAGAAAGGAGACCCACAUGUUGACCAUGUUCUGCUUAACAAGCUGAUGGAUUGCUACACCCAAGUGUUCUCCAAUAUGCCACUGGGAAAAUACUGCCAAAACCAAAGUUAUGCACGGAUGCUGGUCAGAUUUGCAGAGCUGAAAGCAAUUCAAGAUGUCAGUGAGGCUCAGGAUAACUUCAAUGUUGCAAUAUCCCACUGCCAGGAUUUUGCAUUUGUCCACAUUGCUCAUGCUCAGUUUGAACUGAAUCAAGGCAAUGUGAAAAAGAGCACUUGGAUUCUACAGAGAGCUUUUGAACUAGAUGCAAAACCAACAGAACUUCUGCAAAAUGCGGUUCAAAACCUAAAAUCUGGCAGAGGUCAACUCCUUUCCCAUGAAGACAAGGAAAAUGUUGCUUCAUCAACACUUGGAAAUGGGCUGGAAUCUUUAAGAACUGCCUCAGACUCAUACAAAGACACUAUCAAGUCAGACGAAUAUGGGGAAUCACCACUUGGAAGUAUUAUUGCCUCAGGGACUGACCAGAGAAACAAUUCUGUUGAAGACCAGAUACCUUUUUGGAGGUCUAGUGCGCAACGCAAGAAGCUAACUGGCUUUAUGCCUGGGAGAGUUCCCAAGGUUCGUCACUCUAUCCCAGAAGAUGAUGAUGGUGAUAUGAGACACAUAAAUCAGAGUGAGGUGCCUCUUCCCAGUGGAAAUUUAUCCAGGCAAACGUCUGGAUCUCGGGUAAACACCGUGUUGUCCUUCUCACAAACUAAAAAGAACAUCUGGGAUGGAGACCUGAAGCCGCAGGUCAUUAGUCCAGAGCCUUGUCCGUCGGAGGAUAUUGACCCUGUGGACUCCACGACCACGCUGCUUCAUCGCCCAGGAAAGAGAGAAACCCACCAAUUUGAAGACAUCACUGAGAGCUUCAACCUGGUCAUCUGCUCCAAUUCCCCCGAAUCGUGCUGGACGUUCCUGAUAGGCUUGGAGAAGGGUAGGGACCCGCAGUCCGAUCCGGCCCUGCUGGCACGGCUACUGGACGGCUACUCCAGAGUGUUUGCUAAGCUUCCCUUGAGCAAGCACAGCAAAAAUGAGAGCUAUGCCAGAAUGCUGGUCAGAUUUGCAGAACUGAAGGGGAUUGAGGACCCAGAUGAUGGGCAAGACAACUUCAUCAUUGCGAGGUCCAAUUGCAGAGUCUUUGCCUUUGUCCAUAUUGCCCAUGCUCAGUUUGAGCUCUCACAAGGUAAUGUGAGGAAAAGCACUUUAAUACUACAGAAAGCUCUUGGCUUGAAAGCCAUACCCGUUGAAAUGCUGGAGAUGGCAAUGAAGAAUCUGAAAGCUGGAAAAACACAGCUUCUCUCCACUGAGGAUAAGGAGAACUUUGCUGAACCACCAGGCCCUAAAUUGUUUGCCGCCCAGAGUGAUGGAAAUCCCUUACAACUGCCCUCAAGCCUGGCCCACCAGAGGCCCUUGAUGAAGGGGCCUUCCUCAGAGUGGAAGAUUCCCGCUCGAAUUAACAAAUACGUGUCUCCAGAGGAGAAGAAGUACCCUACAGAGCCCAUGCGUACCCCACGGCUGCUGGACUCGCUGCCCACGCCCUCUGCUCAGAUACCCUCCAGACUCACGGGAAUCUCCUGCCAGACGCCCAAACUCAAAAACCUGCCCCCAAACAGCUUUGUAACGCCCGUCAUGAAACAGAGGCCUCCGGUUGUGCCCCCCACAAUACAGAGCAUCAGCCAGAGCCAGGCCCCUCUCCCUCAAACCCCUCAGAACCAGGUUUCAAAUGUUCAGCAGACACCUCAGGGAUCUGUCUACUCAAAUGAGUCCAUCACAAUCAAAGGCCAGCAGUACUUCAUUUUGAAGGUGAUUGGCCGUGGAGGAUCUAGCAAGGUGUAUCAAGUCUUGGAUCACAAAAGGCAGCUUUAUGCCAUUAAGUAUGUGAACCUGGAGGAGGCAGACGCCCAGACAGUGGAGGGCUACAAGAAUGAGAUUGAGCACCUCAACCGCCUCCAGCAGCACAGCGACCAGAUCAUCAAGCUGUAUGACUAUGAGAUCACAGACAGCUACAUCUACAUGCUAAUGGAGUGUGGGAACCUGGACCUCAACACCUGGCUACGCAAGCGCAAGUCCGUCAACACCCUGGAGACGAAGUUCUACUGGAUGAACAUGCUGGAGGCCGUCCAGACCAUCCACAAACAUGGAAUCGUCCACAGUGAUCUGAAGCCAGCCAACUUCGUAAUUGUGAAUGCUUCAUUAAAGCUUAUUGACUUUGGCAUCGCCAAUCACAUUCAGCCAGACAUGACGAGCAUCAUGAAAGACUCACAGGUGGGCACUCUGAAUUACAUGCCCCCUGAGGCCAUCAGAGACACCUCAUCCAAGCCAGGAACCUCAAAGAUCAGUCCUAAAGGUGAUGUGUGGUCUCUGGGGUGCAUCUUGUAUUGCAUGACCUAUGGAAGGACACCAUUUCAGAGCAUCACCAACCAGUUUGCAAAGUUGCACGCGAUCGUUGAUCCCACGCAUGAGAUUGAUUUCCCAAACAUGGCUGAGAAAGAUCUGUUGGAUGUUCUCAAGAGGUGUUUGGUGCGUAAUCCGAAGGAGAGAAUCUCAAUUGCAGAGCUAUUAGAACACCCCUACCUACAGUUUAAGCCACAACAAGUUCCUGAACCUGAGAAGCCUUGCACCGAUGACCUGAAGAGAAUCCUCACUGAGCUGGCUGCCUUACAGUCCCCCAACAGCAUUGUAAGGGCUGCUAAUAACUUGGCAAAAAAGUGCAACAGGGGGAUGAAGUUGGAUGUUGCUGAGUGUGCGAAAACGUCCAGCCAGCCCUCUUGGAAAUUAUGAGUAAAUGGAUGAGGUGCAGUCCACUGUUCACCAACCACCUCAGGAUUACGAUUGGUCUGUAUCUUGGCAUGACCCCUCGCAUGGACAUGAGAUGGGUCAUAUUUAUUGUCAUCCAUUGUACAGCUAGCUUUCACUCUAGUCUGGCUUCCAUCUCUACCACCUACAACCUGUUUUAGCCCUUAAGUAGUUUUUCAGCAACAACUUCAACAAGCCCGUAACCUAGUUUCUGUGACCAUAUGUUUAUCAUAUUUUUAUAGCCACUCCAGCACCUUCUCAUCAGUGUUGUUUUAAAAUGUUAUACACUUUGAGAACAAAAAAAUAAACGAACCUUUCUUUGUUC